UCCUUCAUUUUAAUGUUUUUAUGCGCUAGUUUUGAACUUCAGUUUUUAAUGGAAGGAAAUGUCAUAGGCAGAAAUCCAUUCAGACGUGAAUAAAAUCAGCUGACUGCAGUAAGUGGGACCACUGGGAGACGACAUUUUUGGCGCCUACAAAACCAUUUCUAACGAAUCUUAUUUUGAAAAUAUCAAGCCGGAAACUAUUUGGAUACAGAUGAGCUGGAGCUACAGGACAGGCGUUUGCUAUGGCUGAGACCCACAGCUUACAGGACCUCCAGCAGCCGGCUGUGUCCUCCAAGGUCUUUGUCCAGAGAGACUACAGCUCAGGAACAAUAUGCAGGUUCCAGACCAAGUUCCCCUCUGAGCUUGAGUCCAGGCUCGAUAAGCAGCAGUUUGAGGAGACCAUCCAGACUCUGAACAACCUGUAUGCUGAGGCAGAGAAGCUUGGGGGGAAGUCUUAUCUGGAGGGCUGCUUGGCUUGUCUGAGUGCCUACACCAUCUUUCUCUGCAUGGAGACACACUAUGAAAAGGUCUUAAAGAAGAUUGGCAGAUACAUAAAUGACCAGAAUGAGAAGAUUUAUGCCCCCAAAGGCUUACUGCUGACUGACCCCAUAGAGAGAGGCCUCAGAGUCGUUGAAUUCACCAUCUUUGAAGACAGAAGUAUCGACUCUACGAGAUAAAACAAUUUUUACGAUAUGAAGAAAAUUCGAAUGCCUUUCUGACAAAGAGUCACCUACACAUGCUGAGGGUCCGGCACUUGUACUCCCACUGUUACAUGUAACCGAAACGACGACGCUUGCAUACUUCCUCUAAUGAGAAAACAAACGUAACAUGACACUUGUAAUCAUUGACAACGUACGUUAUUUAUGGCUGCAGAACAAUCAUCAGGACUGAGCUAAAACACUGAAAUAUACUUUGUAUUUAGCGCUUUUCUAUUCUGGAGCAUGAUUUUGCUUUAUGUCUUACCUCAUUGUGUAGGUUGGUGAUUGAUCAGAUCCGCCGUACCUGUUUCACAGUGUGUAGUCAGACCUCAUCGCCUAAAUUAUAUGUAAACCUUUAAUGUGAUCUUUUUUUCUUCUAAUUUAUACUCCGGUUACCUCUCUGUAUGUUUGUACUUGCCUUUUCUUGUCUUUUUAUACUCAAGACGUCUAAAACGUUGAUCAGACUUUAUGAAAUGUGCCAUCAUGUUCAUUGCCACCAUCUCCACGUUCAUCACAAGCAAUUUGAGGUAUUGUUUUGAAGAUGUAAAGACAGUUAAUAUGUUGUGAAGACCUUAAACAGAUACAGAUUGUGUUUAAAUUGUUGGCAGAGAUGGUUGCAACCUUUGCUGAACCCAUGUUUCCUGUUAUGUUUAAGAAUGUACGGGUUUGGGCUUAGGAACAUGUCUUAGAAGUUGUACAUUCUAGAUGUUUCUGGUUUUGAAAAUAGAGCAUGUUUACCAAGUUCACCUCUAAUUAUACCCGGUACAUUUUGAGAACUCUCAUUUCUGUGACAGUAUAUUAGUUAAGCCAUAUUCAUUAUACAUCACAAGUCCUAUUAUUAUUAAUUAGUAUUAAGGUUAGAUGGUUAGAGCCGUACAGCAGAUUGUUUGGAUUUUGUUUGAGGGAUACGUGUCCUUAAUUGUCAUGUUUUAUUGAAAUAAAUUGUAGUUACCUGAAAUGUUAA